CUAGCGAUAAAACACCUGACGCGGGUGCAACUUUUCGGCUUCGCGCGAUAACUACCUACUAAUGCCGUAUGUUCCCGGAAAGCAGACGACGACGAUGAGCGAGGUCUUCGAGGGCAGCUGCGCCGUCUGCGGUAACGCUGCUCGCACCAGGUGUAGCCGCUGUAAGGCCGUGUUCUAUUGCGGGCGGAAGCACCAACGCUCCGAUUGGCCUCGUCACAAAUCCGCAUGUGGAGUUUACGAGAUUCACGAUAACGAGUAUCUCGGGCGGCACAUACUUGCGAGCCGGGACAUCGCCACGGAGGAGGUAAUUUUCUCGGAGGUGCCGCUCGUCUGGGGUCCGCUGCCUCACACGAACGAGCGUAUCUGUGUCGGUUGCGGCAAUAAGAACGCCUUGUACAAAUGUCCCGAUUGCGGUUGGCCCGCCUGCAGUAGCACUUGCAAGGGUCUUGCCGGUGUCGUGCACGUCACUGAGUGCUCGAUUUUGAAGAAAGCGCAGUUAUCACCAAGAUGCGGCUAUCUGCUGAUAUUACGAACGUUGCUGCUGCGAGAAAGAGAUCCGAUGAGCUGGAGGCUGAUUAAUAAACUCCAAAGUCACGAAGCAAAACGUGGCCCCGAUACCGAAGUUUACGAGGAAGUGGAAACCAUCAUUCGCUAUUUUAACCCAAUCCUGUGCGGGGACUCAGAAACUAGAAAAAUUUUACCCAAUGUCUGUGGGCUCAUCGACGUCAACGCGCUCGAGACUAAUCCACCUGAGGGUUGCUCGGCCAUUUACGAGACAUCUUGCCUCCUGGAGCAUCGCUGCAUUGCCAAUACGAGGCACACAUUCACCCUCGACAGCGACGGCAGACCCAGGAUCAGUGUUGUCGCUGUCAAGCCUAUUAAAAAGGGCGAACACAUCAGCACGACGUACACGCACGUACUCUGGUCUACGAGGCUCAGACAAGAACACUUGCUGAUGACCAAAUACUUCACCUGUCAUUGCGAGCGAUGCGCUGACCCCACGGAGCUCGGCAGCAACCUCGGGACGCUCAAGUGUAUCUGUAAGAAUGGCUUUGUCACGUCAAGCGAUCCUCUCGAGCCCGAUGCCGACUGGGCUUGCGAUGCUUGCCCCGGUGUCCUGAGCUCUGCCGAGGUCGCUCAGCUCACCAACAGACUCGCCGAGGAGGUCGAGGCGGCCAUGACGGUUCCCGUUAAGGAUAUUAUGGUCGAUCUACUUCGUCGAUUAACCGUCCUUCUACAUCCGUGUCAUCAGUACUGCAUUACAAUUGGACACUCGCUCAUACAAUUGCUCUCUAAGGACGAUCCCCAAAAGGUGGAGCUCUGUCAAAGAAUGCUCGACACAAUUGCAAUUGUUGAUCCUCAUAAAACGCGUCUAACUCUCUACCAUGCGAUAGCUCUUCGCGAAUUGUCGAUGUGUCCCCACCAAGAUAAGAAUGACCUCUUAAUCCGUGCAAUGGAGGUGUUGCAAUACGAGCCUGUCAAUAGUCCUGGCGAAAUUUUAGCUAAUAUUAUAUUCUCUGAAGCUUAAUUCUCUACGCCCCUUCAUAUUUUUAUGAAAAAUAA